AUGGAGGACACACGCCGACGCCAGCUACAUAGCUGCGACCCCUGUCGCAAAGGAAAACGGCGUUGCGAUGCACCGAAAAACCGAAAAGACAGCGGGUUCAGUCUCUGCUCCAACUGUAAGCGAUGGAAGAAGGAGUGCACUUUCGACUGGGUAUCCUCGAAGCGUGUGGACUCUCUCGGAACUCGCCGUAAAGGGAAGACUCAAGCUAUGAAUAAGCAUUCGAGUGAUAAUAUUCCUGGAAACGAAAAUUUAUAUGAACUCCCCCGCGAUUUUCAAUGGCACCCAAUUGACCUCGACGACACACUUACCCCAGGCGAUAUCUCAAAAUUUGCUUUUGCCUUUCCAUCGCCUGUACAAGGAGCUAAUUUUGAUGGAUCAGAAGGCACAAGCUCGAGUCUCGAUCAGUCUGACUUGUUUCCCUGGGGAUUAGACAUCCCAGUCAACUGGCAAACUGACAUUGCGAGCCGGGUUUCCCAAGAGGAGUUCACCAGCGUUGAAACUCAGACGGACUUCUAUGACCCCUUAGCAAAUGCGCUUGUCGAUCAGUUUGACUAUGAGCAAGAGUCUCAAUAUGAAAGCAGUCCUCUUUCUUUUUCGUCCACGGCCUCAUCGUGCAAACAGAUUGGUCUCAAAUAUUCGUCAGCUCCCGGCGUCAACCGAAGAUCCAAUCAAGAAAUCCCAUCUAGCUUUUGCAUCUCUUCUGAACAGACAGCAAACCAAUACGCCCGCUCUACAAUGACACGCAAUUUGAUUCGCAUAUAUCAUGAUAGUAUGGAAAAUGCGUUAUCAUGCUGGUUGACAGAGCACAACUGUCCCUACAGCGACUCGAUCAGCACAAUUCUCCCAACCGGAGAAAGGAAGGAGUGGGGUCCUAAUUGGUCGAACAGGAUGUGCAUUCGAGUAUGUCAGCUUGAUCGUGUAUCUUCGUCAAUAAGAGGUCGAGCGUUGAGUGGAGAAGAAGAUAGAACCGCAGCUCGUGUUCUACAUCUUGCCAUUAUUGCAUUCGCAUCUCAGUGGACCCAACAUGCAGCGAAGGGUACAGGGCUUUCUGUCCCAGAGCCUAUCUCCCGUGACGAACGUUCCAUCAGAGAGUAUGUUUGGAACGAAGCAAGACAUGCCCUUGAGCAUUCGACGAGAAUUCCUUCAUUCCGAGUCAUAUUUGCCAACAUUAUAUUUUCUUUGACGCAAAGCCCGCUGGAUCAUUCACAGGACAUAGGCUUAGGCCAGCUCCUAGAAAACGACGGUGCACCAACAUUUCUAGAAGCCGCCAAUCGCCAGCUUUAUACAUUUCGCCACAAGGGGUCAAUUGGGUCAACAUUUGCCGAUGAUCCAGAAUCUUUGAAUGCUUCGGAGCCAAGACAGCUUGAUCCUAUACUAGCUAGCCAGGAGCACAGGAGCACGCUUGGUCUUCUAUUCUGGCUUGGAAUUAUGUUUGACACGCUCAGUGCAGCGAUGUACCAGCGUCCUCUUGUUGUGUCGGAUGAGGAUAGUCAAAUUUCCUCAGGCUCUCCUGCGGUUUCCGAGGUCAAGGACCAGCUUCAACGCGGCAGCAUUUCGCAAAAUAGCACUCGCAUGAAAAAGGAUGUAUGGGACGACUUUUUCCUUCAGCCCUCUGCCGAACGUGAUGAUCUUGGUCAAAUUCAUGUAAGAUGGCCAUGCUCCUAUGAAGAGGCUGCAGCGGUUCUUUCAGAAGCAACCCCCGUCAAGGUUCUACUGUAUCGUCGAGUCACGCAGCUUCAAACUCUUGUUUAUAGAGGUGCUAGCUCUGAUAAGCUCGAAGAAAUUGUUCAAAAGACUCUUCUAGUCUAUCAGCAUUGGAAUUACUCAUAUCAAAGGUUCAUGCUCGACUGUGUCGAGAACCAUGAGCUUCUACCAUCGCGCAUACAGUCAUGGUACGUCAUACUCGACGGCCACUGGCAUCUUUCAAUCAUGCUAUUGGCAGAUACGAUCGAGGGCAUUGAUAAGGGAAGACUUGGCUCAGAGCAUGAGCGGGUAGCCCGCAAAGCUACGAAUUUCGUCUCAACGUUAAGAACAGAGCAUGCCUUUGCGGUUGGCAGCCUUGCCCGUGCUUCGCUUCAGGGUCAAAAUCCCUCUAUGUAUGCCAACUUCCACGAUUCGCUCAAUGAAGUGGCAUUUCUGGUCGAGCCUUGGACCGUGGUUUUGAUCCACUCCUUUGCCAAAUCGGCUCACAUCUCUAUUGAGAGUCUCAAUCUGCCGGGGGAACAUAGUGGGUUAGCGAAUUCGUUCAAACAAAAUUGCGAGUUUUGUAUUUGUGCGCUUCAAUAUCUCGGAAGGAAGUCCGACAUGGCUUUUAUGGUCGCCAGAAAUUUGUCAAGGUCUUUGAGUGUGAAAGUGGCACAAAUGGCCUGA